AUGACGGUCGGGUCAGCUCUCCUUGGUCAAAGUCCAUUGAAUGAGAACGACAACUUGAUAAGAAAAGGGCUCUUAAUAGUCUCACCUUCUCAGAUAAAUCCUAACAAAUCACUUCCUUUUGGACCUCCUCGCCCACAGAAUGGCGUUUUCCAAGAUCGCGGAGGCGCUCUCAGAGCGGGCCAAGGUGUUGCAAUCUUUUUUGUUGCUGUGAUUACCAUCGCACGUUUGUAUGUGCGAAGGUUUACUACCAGUUCGGGGUUGACGAUUGGAUAAUUAUUCCAGGUGCAGUAAGUCCUUCUGAUCUACUAAUAACAGCAAUAAUUGGCUGAGAUAAACUGCCAUUUAGUUGGGAUGCAUCGUUUAUCUUGCUCUCGAUAUUGUUUCAUCAACCUCUGGUUGUCUUGGAAAGCAUUUAUACGAUUGCACAUAUUCAGAGGUAGCUUCAUUUGUAAAGGUUCGAAUGAAACUCCACAGCAGUUCCUAUGAAAGAUGGUCUAUACUAAAACCAAUGCAGAUUGCCGGAAUCCAACAGCCAAUGUUCUACUUUACGGUGUUUUUCGUAAAACUCAGUAUCGCUUUUUCAAAUCGACGAAUCACCGGGCUGUCGUCCAAGAAAUGGAUGAUUGUGCACUGGAUUCUUAUCUCUGUAUUUUUGUGCCUACUUCCAAUCACUGUCUCACUGCAAGCUUUCCAAGUAUCACCAGUCCGGGCAAAUUAUUCACUACAGUAUGUGGGUGCACUGGCGAAUCCACGCGAAAUUGUCUCUUUGGACCGAAGGGCAAUCAGUCUUUCAACACGUGCGCUACAUAUUAUCACCGAAGUUGCCCUACUUUGCGUGCCUAUAAUCAUUGUUUUAAGGUUGCAGAUGGCAAAGCGAACCAAGGCACGUUUGACAGCAAUCUUUGCCAUUGGUGGAAUGUCAACACCUGCCAGUAUUUUAUGCAAUGUUAUCCUCGCCGAUAACCUCGAGGACCCAACAUACGAAUACUACCCUGUUUACAUAUGGAACGCCAUAGACAUCACCUUUGCCGUCAUAGUGGCACCCCUCCCAGCUCUCAAUAGACUUGUUGACGUGUCGAUUGAGAAAGUCAAGUUAUAUAGUUCGAGACCUGGAAACUCUGGCUUUGUUUCUGCUUCCGAAGGCAGAUCGAGUGCUAAGGAGGGCUCCUCUUCUGAACUGGUAAAGGUCAACAGUCCUUACCGCCAGUUUGACGAAACUCAAGAGGUGCCAAUGGAAACGUUCCAGCGGAAGAAUGCGGCAACUGUUGAUGAUAAGUUUUAAGCAUCCAGAGACGACCGACCCUCCAGCAACGAAAAAAUUAGCAGUAGUCUUUGCCGCAGUUUGAAAGUUUACCGAUGGUAAAUCUAAUAGGACUAGGUUUUGGGAGUUUGGAGUUUUGAGACAGCUACGGCUCAGAUUUUGAUGUACAAUGUUGCUGCUACACCCCCCCAAAGUUACAAUUUUCAGCUAAUUCGUCUGUACUGCUCUGAAAAAUGCCUUACAAUGUCAUAAAUAAUGGAAUUGUAGCUAGUUGUACUAGAUGUGAUAUCG